AGUCCCGGCUGGCAUUCCCUGGUUUCUGCGCGCGGAUUUGGGGGUGGAACUCAAUGAAUGGGCCCGAGCCUCGCACCAGCGGAACUACCCUAUAUCCUGGCUUUGCGGCCUUACAGUAGUGGGAGAGGGGGCCGCUCAAAGCACGAUCCACUGGGCCCCCAGCGCAUCGCCUGAAAGAGCCCACUCACCCUGGACGAACCCUUCAGCAACCUCAGACCGUCCUUGAGGAGGAUGACUGAGACACAAUGGGCCACGCGCUGUGUGUCUGCUCUCGGGGAACUGUCAUCAUUGACAAUAAGCGCUACCUCUUCAUCCAGAAACUGGGGGAGGGUGGGUUCAGCUAUGUGGACCUAGUGGAAGGGUUACAUGACGGACACUUCUACGCCCUGAAGCGAAUCCUGUGUCAUGAGCAGCAGGACCGGGAAGAGGCCCAGCGGGAAGCAGACAUGCAUCGCCUCUUCCAUCAUCCCAACAUACUUCGCCUUGUGGCUUGUUGUCUGAGGGAGCGAGGCACAAAACAUGAGGCCUGGCUAUUGCUACCCUUCUUCAAGAGAGGCACGCUGUGGACCGAGAUAGAAAGCCUGAAGGACAAAGGCAACUUCUUGACUGAAGAGCAAAUUCUUCAGUUGCUGAUUGGUAUCUGCAGAGGCCUUGAGGCCAUUCAUGCCAAGGGUUAUGCUCACAGAGACCUGAAGCCCACCAAUAUCUUGCUUGGAGAUGAGGGACAGCCGGUUUUAAUGGACUUGGGUUCCAUGAAUCAAGCAUGCAUUCAUGUGGAGGGCUCACGCCAGGCUCUGGCCCUACAGGACUGGGCAGCCCAGCGGUGCACCAUCUCCUACCGGGCCCCGGAGCUCUUCUCUGUGCAGAGCCACUGUGUCAUUGAUGAGCGGACUGAUGUCUGGUCCCUAGGCUGUGUGCUAUAUGCCAUGAUGUUUGGGGAAGGACCUUAUGACAUGGUAUUCCAGAAAGGUGACAGUGUGGCCCUUGCUGUGCAGAACCAACUCAGUAUCCCACAGAGCCCCAGGCAUUCUUCAGCAGUGCGGCAGCUGCUGGCCUCGAUGAUGACUGUAGAUCCCCAGCAGCGUCCUCUCAUUCCUGUCAUCCUCGGUCAGUUGGAGGCAUUGCAACCCCCAGCUUUGGGCCAGCACACUACCCAGAUCUGAACAAACCAGCGACCACUUUGAGAAGGUGCCUUGGAAAGAGGUUUCUAUCCCUCAUUAGAAUGUCCGUCGAUUCUCUCCAGGAUUGCUGUCUUGUAGAUGGGGAAGGGGAGUUGGGACAGUCAGCUCAGUCUUCUAUCUCUGCUUCUGCUCUCUUACCUCAAAGGGCAACAACUGGGCAGGGUCCCUGACUGAGCUGGGAUGAGUGAGAGUACGGGAUCGGGGAGGGAAACUGGUAGAGUCUGGUAAAGGCCCCGAGUGGGACUGCUGAGGUUACAUCAUGGUCUGCCUCUAAGUCUGGGAGCAGGAGAAUGUAUAAAUAGAAUAAAAUUAAAGCAGCUUGGUGUGGA